CUGUUAAAGACAAUGACGGUUCUUCUGAUUGUGUGAAUUUUCCAUUUAAUGAAACUUCAAAAACAUAUGUUAAGAACUUCACCUGGAUAAAUCAGAUCGAAAUUGGUGUUUGGUAAAAUGCUUCAAAUGGAUGUUGUGAAUUUCAAGAGCAAAAUAGUUAUCAAUCACCAGUUGUUUAGUAAGAAAUCGUCAUACCUUGGUCUCAACCUUACUGGUAGCGUAUUUGAUCGUGGGAGAGGAUUUGAUCCCAUGGGAAGGUAUUCUUUAAUUGAUAAUGCUUACAGAUUCUGUUAUGAUUGGCUAUUUAGUUCUAGUUUAUUCGUUCUUAAGGUGGGUUCAGUUUCAAAUUCCUACUGCAGUGGAAAAUUUACUCAGGAGCUUAUUAAUAAGCAUGGUUUUGAAUCAGAUCCGUUGUUUUAUGAUUCAGCCCAAUGGGUGUUGGCUAAAACUGGUAAGAUACUUCUACUGGGCACCGCUAGGAGCUUGAAUAUAGUUGUUUACUUCUAUCUUUAUUUUGAUGAUACUUGCUCAUUAUUUGAUCGAGGCAAAUGUGUGGUUAUCUUCUCGUUUUCUUACUGGAAACUGCAUAUUCAGUUGAUUCCUAGCUUCAGGUAUAAAACAAAUUUUUGGGAUAUACACUCAGUUCAUGUAUGUGGUCAUGCUAAUGAAAUUCGAGGUGCUCUUAAGCUAUUGGAUUGCUGGGUAUAUGAUCGUGGAAAAGUGGUAUAUGUUUUUAAAAGGGGUUCAUAUUUUGUUGAUGCUUAUAAAGUUGGUGUUGAUACAAAUACUUCUGGUGUGACUAUCCUCAAUUGGUUGAUUUCGUUGAAUCUGUUCCAUGAGAAUUUACUUUAUGAGAUGGUUUUCCGUCAUGGGUUUCUAUUAGAUUCAUUGUUUCUGAAUUCUCGUUGUAUAGUGUUGCUUAAAAAUGAUGAUGGUGAUAGGUUUCAGCUUUUUAUAGAUACGUCUGAGAGUAAUUAUCAAAUUUUGUUGUUUUUGUUGGAUAGAGUAGUUGAAACUGGUAAAACACUAGAACUGUUAGGUAGACCACUUGGGAAUAUAGUGUGGAACUGGAAUGGUGGUGAAGCUGAUAUUAUUUUGCAACCUCAAAAUGGUUGGCCUAAUGCUACAGGAGUCAUUCUUGGUGCACUGCGGACGGUUAGUAUAUGUGAACAUGGGCAGGGGAAUGUGCUGCUAAUAUUUUGGAAGGAGUUUGAGUGUCUUCCGAUGCUUCUUUCAGCUCCAAUAAUAGUGCAAAGUGUUACAUCUGAAGUCUAUGAGACUCCUUCAUUUCGUGAAACCGUUCUAACGGCAGUUGCUUAUUCCACUUGGAGCUGUUUGUACUCAUUUUACUCUGCUCAAUAUUUUUGGUCAUGUCACAACCAAGUAGUGGGUGUAUACGAGUUUCAUUCCACUCGUUAUUUACUUCCUUAUUACAGCUGUUUGGGGGAUUUGGUAUCUCAAUCAAAUGAGCAUUACACCUGGCCAGAUAUUUUUGCAACUAUUAUCCGACUACAGCACAUGCUCGAUGAGGUUCAAGUUUCAGAAGUGUUGAUAUUGGAGGUACUGCUUAUGGGAUCUUCUAUCUCAGUUAAUACUGUGUCUACCCACUUACUUCAAGUCUUUAAUUCAGAUUUAUUUCUGCUCAGUGCUACAUUUUCUCCUGCGAUCUAUGAAACUCUUGCUGUCCUAGAGGCAGUUGAACUGGUUUAUUCUACCAAGUUGGAGCUCUUUGCAAUAUUAAGUAGAAUUCAGGUCUUGCUCACAGUAAUGAGGAUUCUGAAUGUGCUGAUAUGGUUCGAGUACUUAAAGUGAAAAUUCAAGUUAUUUUCAACUGGGUUGUGCAGUGUGAUAAAUGUUAGGUGGGUUGUUAAUUUUUUUUAUCUCAGUGGGGUGCUUUGACAUCAACUGGAACUAUAAGAGCAGCUGGUUCUGCAAAGGCGAGGUCCAUAAUCAAUUUGCAUCAACUCUUCGGAGGAGCAAAAUGUUUCUGUCACGUUUAUGGAGUAUGGGGAAUACUAGUGGAACUACAUGGAUUUUCAUUGAGGUACCUGAAACACCUGUCUCUACGAGUUGUAGUCGUUUGUUGUUUGAUAGAGGCAAAAUGCUUAACAGUGUAGUGAUACUUUACAAGCACCGCACUUUUGGGUUGCAGGUUCCUCUGUACAUGCCAGGAGAGUGUCAUGGCUCGUCAGAAAUUUUUAUACGGCUGAUGGAAAUUCAAGUCGUGCUCACUAGGAUUCCAAGGAUGUUGAAGUUGGUGAUCUUUUUGAGAUGGGAAACUGCAACAAGCUAUGAUGCUCAGCUUGAUGGUGAAGAAAGUUUAAAUGGACUCAUGGUGGGUCGACAUGCAAAUAUGCAAAUAUUUAUUGUCAUCUUGUGGUGGGUAUUCAAUUUGAUUUAUUUGGAUUUAUGGAUUGUGGUUCACGUCAGCUGGAUCUAUAUGGGUUUUACCUCAUUUAUGUUGAACACAAUCGGGUACUACGGGACUAAUACAUUCACCGAAUUGGAAGCUUGUCGGCAGUUUACAGCAAUUCAAGUUUUAGAUACGGAGCUCAAGCUACUUGCUUAUGAGGUGUUAAGGAUUGUACAAGUCAAGAGCAUGGUACGACGGGAAAGGAAAUUUCAGAAUUCUACUUCCACUUUAAUUAACAGAGGAGUCACACUUCUUCCGCACGACUACCAUACGAGAACUGUCAUCAACCGAUGGUAUCUGAUUAUCACUACAAUGGUUUUAACUUCUCAUUUCAGUACAAAAAUGACUCAAGGAGAUAGUGGGAAGUAUACCAUAUGGAGGCAUCACUACAAUCUGGACUACAGUGUGUUCUCGAAAUCAGUCGAGCUGAUAAGUUUUUCCACCUCAAGCUCCGUUCUCACUGGCAUUUUUGUAGAGAAACCUCAACAUCAAGUCUGCCCAGCUACGCCUGCGCCUUCCCAGAUUGAAGACAACCCUGUGAUCCAAUUCCUCAUCCUUGAGGACAAGGAUGUUUUGGAGGGGAAGGUAUUGUUAUGUACCUGACUAUUGAUAGCAGGGUGCCCUCAUCCCACUCAGUGUUGGUAGUUAGUAGUAGGCUUAUUAGUAGUAAGUAACUUAUUAAUGAGUGUCUUUAUCAUUUAUAAAGAGUGGUUUAGAUGCAACCAUCUGGUGGCAUUGGAGCCGUGGGAUCUAUUGAGUAGAGUCGAGCUUUAUAAGCUCUAGUGUCUGUAAUGAAAGUAUUAUCCAAAUGAUGAAUUAAUCAAAUAGAAUUUAGUUUA